AUGUCAGCCUGGACGAAGAAGAGAGGAGAAGCUGUACCAUAUAACCAUCCUGAAAUGGUGGGUCCCACAACCGGAAAAAAACUGGCUGCUCCCCUGCAGUUUGGCCCAGCAGUGGAGGCUCUGGUGGCCAAUCGUGUAGAUCUGAGAGCAGUGGUGGCUCUGGUGGCCAAUCGUGUAGAUCUGAGAGCAGUGGUGGCUCUGGUGGCCAAUCGUGUAGAUCUGAGAACAGUGAGUCAAAGAAAGCACACCGGAAAAGAAGAAGUUGGAACAGAUCAAAAUGAACAAAAGAAAAACACUGAAAAAACAGAGAAACUAUUUCAAAGACUUCACCUUUACAGAAAAGACAAACUGAGAGCUGCAGAUGUUCUUCAGAUAACAAAAUAUACAUUACAGACUGUUGAGUCAUGUGCUGAAGAGGAGCUUGUUCCGACGUUCUUACAAAAAUUACUCAUGAUGGACUACAGAGCAAGAUACAUUCAAAUUAAAGAUGCAUUCAAACAACAGAAAACAGACACUGGCUCAACUAGUCAUGGUGGUGAUAUAUUCAAAGCAAUGUCUUUGUAUAACAAAAGACCCCAACAACCUGAGCGAAUCGACCCUAUGGAUGUGCAGAUGGCUGUGUUUCAUUGUGCUGAUGGUUUCCUAAAGCAGAUGAUGGUCACUAAACUGUCCCAGUGUCAGUAUGCUCUGCCUUUGCUUGUUCCUGACCCAUUCACACAACAGACUGAGUUUUCACUCUGGACAUUCAGAAAAAUUGCCAAGAGCUGGAAGAUCAGAAACACCAACAAUGAAACAAUCAGUCAAACACAGCCAAUCUACAAGGCAGAAACUCCAAUGGUGUUUUUCUUCAGGUUUGGCUCAGUGUCUUCAUCCAAAUCUCAUCUGAUGAACAGCCUGAUCAAUGAGAAACAUAACACAUUCUUCCACAGGAACUGCGCUGGAAGCAGCAGAUCCAGAGUUCUGAUGGAUGGAGUGGUGGAGAUCGCCUGGUUUUGUCCUUCUGGAAAAGACACUGAUAAAUUCAAUAACUGCGUGGCCUUCUGUAAUCUACAUGGAGAUGCAGGAGAACAUGAGAAACAGAUGAAGAUCCUCAUAGAAAUGGCCUCAGUCAAUGUAGUUCUUCUGCCACAACUUGACAGCAAUGACAGAAGUGCAAAAAUAAUCCAAGAACUGUUCACAAACCCAAAGCCACUCAUCUGCCUUUUUACCGAGGAUGAUUCUAAUAUAUUUGAGUUAGAGAGAAAAAAAUUCAAAAUUGGUUUGAAAUACAGAAAUCAGUCAGAUGUAUCUGAGGAACUCAGAGGUGCAAUACAAGAUUGCCUUUUAGAAGCAUCUGCAAAUUUCAGACUUGAUGCAUUCAAAUUCUCAGACAUCAGAGUCGAUGAGGAAGAUGAUGAAGACUGCAGGAGAGGAAGAGAAGCAGCACAGCAGAUGAUCGGUUUACUGGAUAAUAAAAAUCUGACAGAAAUUAAAGAAUCAUUUCUGCCUCAUCAGGGGAAACUGUGGCAUCAAUGGUGUCAGAAGAACAAAGAACUACACCGACCUCAGGGAGAUGAACCAGACAAGAUAGUAAGUGACAAAAAAACAGAAAUGAUGAACAUUCGUAAACAGCAGCAUGAAACUGACAUCAGUGAGUUUAUGAAUCACUUUAUUAAAACAAUGGAUUCACAUGCCAAACAUAAGGUUUUUUUCCUCAAAUGGCUCACAACACUCCUUGAUGAACAUAGCUCAGAUGACCUUUCUAAACUACAUAAUAUGUAUAAUACAACAUGGUCAAUGAUUGUAAAGCUAAAAGAACAGAAGGACAACAACAAUAAACCUGAACUCAAAGCUAAACAAGCAGAACUUGAGAAAAUAUCUAAAGAUCUUCAAGCAGCAGCAUUUGGUCUGGAGCACAUCAUGCGGGAGAUCAGUCAGAUCUAUGAAUCAUGUUCAUCUGUGAAGGAGAUCAACAAAAACUUGCAAGUUGAACCCUCUCCUCUCCCAAGUCUUGCAGCAGAGAUGAUGAUCUCUGGGUUUCCACUGGAGCUGAUGGAUGGAGAUGCUGCUCAUGUUCCUGUAGUCUGGGUCUCUGCUGUACUGGAUCAGCUUGUCCAGCAACUGAAAGACCAGAAAGUCUUUGUGUUGUCAGUUUUAGGGAUUCAAAGCUCUGGGAAAUCCACCAUGCUGAAUGCCAUGUUUGGGCUCCAGUUUGCUGUCAGUGCUGGCAGAUGCACCAGAGGAGCUUUCAUGCAGCUGGUCAAAGUGUCUGACGAAAUGAAAACUGAGAUGAACUUUGACUAUAUUCUGGUUGUUGAUACUGAAGGUCUUCGUUCUCUAGAACUGGCUGGAAAAUCAACAAGAGGUCAUGACAAUGAACUGGCCACAUUUGUUAUAGGUCUUGGAAAUCUGACCUUGAUCAACAUCUUUGGAGAAAACCCCUCUGAGAUGCAGGACACUCUUCAGAUCGUUGUUCAGGCCUUCAUGAGGAUGAAGAAGGUCAGAUUGUAUCCCAGCUGUGUGUUUGUGCAUCAGAACGUGUCAGACAUCACAGCUGGAGAGAAAAACAUGGAGGGAAGGAGAAAACUACAGGAGACACUGGAUGAAAUGACAAAGCUUGCUGCUAAAGAUGAAGUCUGUGAUGCAGAAAGGUUCAGUGAUGUAAUCAAAUUUGAUGUUCAGAAUGACAUAAAGUAUUUUGCUCAGCUCUGGGAGGGCAGUCCACCAAUGGCACCCCCAAACCCAAACUACUGUGAGAAUGUACAAGAGCUCAAGAAAUCCAUUAUUUCACAUGCCUCCAAAUCACAAGGAAUAAAGCUUGAUGACAUAAAAGAACGUAUUAACGAUCUCUGGGAGGCUUUACUGAAUGAACGAUUUGUCUUUAGCUUUAGAAAUUCACUGGAGAUUUCAGCCUACAGGAAACUGGAAACGAAAUAUAGCAAGUGGUCCUGGACGCUCCGCAGUGUUAUGCUAGAAACUGAAAACAAACUGCACAACCUAAUAGAAAAUGAGAACAUUCAUGAGGUUGAAGAAACCCAUCUUCAAUUUGAACUAAAAAAGAGGAGUGAAGAAGUAAAAAAUUCAAUGUCAGAAUUCUUUGAGAAAGACACUGAUGUAGAAAUACUGAUUCAGUGGAAAACAUCUUUUGUGAUCAAAAUCAAGGAGCUUCAGGAAAACAUUGUCAGAGAAACAAAGAGGAAGCUUAAUGACAUUCUCCAGCAGCGAGGCCUGAAGAAAAAGAUUGAUGCUCAGAGGACACAUCACGAAAACACUCUCUAUGAAAAGAGCAAAGAACUUGCCUUAAAACUCAAAGACAAAGCAAAAGAUGAAGAAACACUGAAGAAAGAGUUUGAUGCGUUUUGGCAACAAACUGUGAAAAACACCAUCAAAGACACUCCUAAAAUAAAAGAUAUUGAUAUAAUGAGAGAUGUGAGAAAGCUACUCCAUGAUAAUUAUGGAAGCGUUUCUGUUGACAACUGGAAGGAGAACAGGAAUAUUUUUAUAGUGCAGAGCUAUGAUGAUUAUGUAAAGAUUAAAAAACCCAGUGGAUUAACAGAAGCUUUUACAAAUCCAUUUUCAUAUGCUAGAGAGAAGCUUGGCUACAGUCUAUCAAGAGAGGAUCAAUCCCAAAUAAGAUCAUUAAUCACCGAUCUUGCUCAGCAGACAGACAACAUUAUAGAGUCAUUUAACAUUUUAAAGAUGGGCUACAAUAACAGCUGCAUUCAACAACUUAUAGACUACAUCAAAGCAAGACUAACACAACAUGAGGAAGAACACGUCAAAUAUGAGUUCAAAAAUGAAUUCUUUGUGGAGUUGGUUCUUUCCAUCUGUAAUGGAUCAAUUAAGACAUUCACAGAACAGCACAGACUGUUCAGGGAAGCCAAUGAUCCUGUUGUAUAUAUUGAAAAGAAGAGAAAGGAGUACUACAGUAUUUUUCAGAAACAUAUCCAUGGAACUUCGUCAGCUGCCAUUUUUGGGGAGAUCAUUUGUCAGAAGCUUAAAGAGCCCAUUGAGCAGAGCGUUUACAAGAAAACUGCCAGAGAAUUGGCAGAUGAAAUGACAACAAAUUGUCCUUCACUGAAUGGAAACAGAUCAAAUCUGGAGAAACACAUUCUAAAGACACUGGCAGAAGAGGAGAACUUUGACAAAUACAUGAAGUACAUUGAAACACCCAAAGAUCACUUCAAGAGUUUCAUCAGAGAUGAAGUCAGUCGGUACAUCAGUGAAAAGUUCAACAUCAGUGUUUUACCCAAGAUAAAGGAGAACAUUGAACUUCUGCAGCAGAAGAUUGUGAAAGCAGCACAUCAAUCUACCGAAGAAGUCAAUAGCGGUGAUGUUGGUUUGUGGUUGAAGAAUUUUAGACAGCAGCUCUCAGAAGAGUUGAUCUUCUCUGAAACAAACUUCAGCGGUGUCUCACAUGAGGAUGUUAAUGAUUUCAACCUCCUUGAAGUUGUGAUUAAAAAAGAUCUUCCAAAAAUAACAUCUGAGAUCAGCAGUGCAGUCAACAAAGAGAAUUUUGAGAAAAAAACUGAUGUCACAUGUAGACCAGAGAAGCUUCUGAUUGAUCACUUCUGUCAAUGCUGUUGGGCUCAGUGUCCGUUCUGUGCCGCCAUCUGCACAAACACCAUAGAAAACCAUGAUGAAGACCACAGUGUUCCUUUCCACAGAGUAGAUGGAAUCAAUGGAUGGCAUUAUAAUGAAACAACACAUCUGUCUGCUGGUUUUUGCACUACUUCAGUGGCUAGUGAUAAACAAUUUUUAGAAUCAGACGUGAGUUUCCCAUAUAAAGAUUACAAACAAGCAGGAGGAGUGUAUGCAACAUGGAGCAUCACCCCUGACCUCUCUGAGCUGCCCUACUGGAAGUGGUUUGUGUGCAGAUUCCAGAAAAAUCUGGAACAAAAAUAUGAGAAAACAUUUGAUGGACAUGGAAAGAUCCCAGACGAAUGGAAAAAUCAUACAAAGCCAGAUGCUAUUAAAAGUUUGGAUAAAUGCUUUGUUUAAAAUACCAACAGAACACAUAAAACAUGAUUAUUUAAAAAUUCUAACACUUCAAUCUUAAUUGUACCCCUUAGCCCUUACCCCUGCCCCUCCUUUUGCGAUUUCAUGUGAAAGGGCAGAGGUGUCCCAAUUCUCUUUAGCUUGAAGGCAUAAGAAGCACAAAUUAGUAUUUUUUGCCAUUAAUACGAAUUUUUACAACAAACAAGCAUAUGUUUUAAUGCGUUCAUAAAGGGGUUUG